GCUGCGCCCGUCCCCACCGCCCGCCCUGCCUGCCAGCCCGCCGCCGCGCCCGCCCGACGGGGCACCGCGGCUCCGGCACCCUGCCCCUCAGCCCGGCGGCGUUUGGGCGCGUCCCGGGAAGGACGAGCCGGGCCCGACCUGGCUAAGCCACGACGCGGCCGCCCCAGCGGGAGGAGCCCGAGCCCGCCGCCUGCGCUCCCCCACGGGACCCGGGCUGUCCCCGCCGAAGAACAGGGGUCUGCUCCUCCCGCCACCCGCCUGAGGGGCGGGCAGCCGGCCUCCGAGGAACAGCGGCAGACGGCGGGAGAGCCACUGCCCGCCUGACUGGGGCGCCCCGGAGACGCGCCCACCCCCGAGGGCUCGCGGUGCUGCGCCAGGCCCCAUGGCGAGGAGGAGGAGGAGCAGGAGCAGCUGCAGCCGGGAUUGGGGGCCGCCGGCACCGCCCGCCCGGCCGGAGGGAGGAGGCGGCGAGAGGAGGAGCGGCGGCGGGGCCGCAGCGAGCUGGGUGGGCUGAGCGCGGCUGCCCCUGAAGAUGGCGGCGGCGGCGGCGGCGGAGCCGGUCACUGCUCCAGGUGGAGGGGGUUGUUCUCCGGCGGGCGGCGGCUCAGUGCCUGUGCUGUUCUGCUUCUCCGUCUUCGCGCGGCCCUCCACCGUGCCGCACGGCGCCGGGUACGAGCUGCUGAUCCAGAAGUUCCUGAGCCUCUACGGGGACCAGAUAGACAUGCACCGCAAGUUCGUGGUGCAGCUCUUCGCCGAGGAGUGGAGCCAGUACAUAGACCUGCCCAAGGGCUUCCUGGUCAGCGAGCGCUGCAAGGUGCGCCUCGUGCCGCUGCAGAUACAGAUGACGACUUUGGGCAACCUGACCCCCUCAAGCACUGUGUUUUUCUGCUGUGAUAUGCAAGAGCGAUUCCGGCCUGCCAUCAAGUACUUUGGUGAUAUCAUCAGCGUGGGCCAACGGCUGCUCCAAGGUGCACGGCUCUUAGGAAUUCCAGUUAUUGUAACUGAACAGUAUCCCAAAGGUCUUGGCAGCACUGUGCAAGAAAUUGAUUUAACAGGAGCUAAACUUGUACUUCCUAAAACAAAAUUUUCAAUGGUGUUGCCAGAAGUCGAAGCAGCUUUAGCAGAGAUCCCUGGAGUCCGCAGUGUUGUCCUGUUUGGAGUAGAAACUCAUGUCUGCAUCCAGCAAACAGCACUGGAAUUAGUUGGCAGAGGUCUGGAAGUUCAUAUUGUAGCUGAUGCCACCUCAUCAAGAAGUAUGAUGGACAGAAUGUUUGCUCUUGAGCGUCUUGCUCGCACUGGAAUUAUAGUUACUACUAGUGAAGCUAUAUUGCUGCAGCUGGUAGCUGAUAAAGAACACCCAAAAUUCAAAGAAAUCCAAAAUCUCAUUAAGGCGAGUGCCCCUGAGUCAGGGCUCCUUUCCAAAGUUUAAAGAGGGUUUGGAGGAAGCAGAUCUCAUCAUCAUCUUUAAGAAGGAAGGAAAGCUAUGAGCAGACAUGUACACCAUCUUUCACCCAAAGUUUGGUAGAAGUGUAAAAUUAAAAAUUUACAUACUCGUGUUUGCCUUAGCAAAAUUGUCUGGUUAUACGUCUGGCUACCAGUAUGUUCUGUUUAGUUACAGCUGUCAGAGGCUUUGGUUACCAUAGGACCCUUUCAUUGUCAAAUUUCUUUCUUUAUUUAAAAAACAAAAAUUAACAGAGGUGCCUGCUAGUCUAAACUAUACACUGAUUGUAACAGUUCCAAAAAGUGCAUAUUUCUGUGACACCUCUUGAUUGUGCACUUUGUAAAAGCGUUCUGUGAUAGUCUGUUUUACUUUUGUAUUAAUAGAAGAUGUUUGCAUAGUGGAUAAAUGUGACAUGAUACAUUUUACUGUUCUAUGUAAGUGAAGUAUUUUAGUAGGGGAGAACUUAAAACCAAGUAAGAUACAUGGAUUACAUGUGAACUUUUGUUCUCUAGGAUAAAGUUUAAGCACUUUGCUUUGUAGACAAGACACAUAGAUCAAGCAGCAGCUGAUGUUUGAUUGCUCUAGGGAACUGAAGCCCGCAUCAUGACUUUCAACUACUCUGGAAUUGCCUGCCCAACCUUGUACUUCAGUUAACUGUAUGCAGACAGAAAACUGACAUUUAAUGAGUUCUUCCUAAACUGGUGUAAAGUCCUUCAGAGAUAGCAGAAGAUUACCAAAAUGUAAAAAAAAAUUGGCAAUGCUAGGGAUGAUAAAGAAUAAAAACUUCUCAGCUUUGAGCUGAAUCUACUACUGUAUUUGGGGUAGGGGUUACCCCAUUUUAGUUAGAUUGAAUAAUUCCAUUUGGUUUACUCAUUUGGCCAAGCAAGCUCUGAAAGAAACCUUAGCUUCUCUAGGUUGUUGCACUUUUUUUGUGGGCUGCAGUUGUGUGGAGUUUAACAUCUUUAACUUAGUGAUAUAUAUUUUUUUCUGCCUAGAACCAAUAUUUUUAACACAUGAUAGAUCAGAAAAGCACUUCCUUCAUGUUCCAGUGAUUUAAACAAUGUUGUAUUGUUACAUUGUGACCAAGACUUUUUUUUUUUUUUUUUUAAAAAGAGUACUGGAAGAUGUCCUGCUGAACAGUGGUCUUUUUGGUAGAAAACCAAUUACAGUACACGUAUUGUUUUAAAUUGCUUAUUUUCCCCACAAGAUGGCUCUAAAAGAAUUGUUUCCAAGACUUAUAAUCUUCCUAUGUUCAAAACAAAUAAAAUGUUAACAUUCGCUGUC